AUGGCUUUCAUUAGUUUGUCAAAAAUCAUUUUUUCAUUUAUGAUUCUAGCUAUUUUGUUAGCAAAAGGUAGUAUAAUGAUUGUCGAGGCACGCAAACUUCUAGAAUCAGACCCGCCUCAGCUCCCAAAAUUUGAUUUGCCACCUCUACCAAAUCCCGAGUCUUCUAAGCUUUCUGAACUACCUAAGUCAGAAAUUCCUAAAGCACCUGAGUUACUAAAACCCGAGCUGCCUAAGUUUCCUGAAUUACCUAAGUCAGAAAUUCCUAAAAUAUUUGAGUUACCAAAACCCGAGCUGCCUAAGGUUCCUGAAUUACCUAAGGCAGAAAUUCCUAAAAUAUCUGAGUUACCAAAACCCGAGAUUUCUAAGAUUCCUGAAUUACCUAAGGCAGAAAUUCCUAAAGUAUCUGAAUUACCAAAACCCGAGCUGCCUAAGGUUCCUGAAUUACCUAAGCCAGGAAUUUCUAAAGUACCUGAUUUACCAAAGCCUGAGCUGCCUAAGGUUCCUGAAUUACCUAAGUCAGAAAUUCCUAAGGUACCUGAGUUACCAAAACCUGAACUACCUAAGAUUUCUAAAUUACCUAAGGCAGACAUUCCUAAAAUACCCGAGUUACCAAAGCCCGAGUUGCCUAAAGUUCCUGAAUUAUCUAAGCCAGAAAUUCCUAAUGUACCUAAAUUGCCAAAGCCAGAGUUUAAUGUUCCUGAAUUGGAAAAAUCCGAACUACCUAAAAUUUCCGAUUUGCCGAAGCCUGACCUACCUAAAAUUGAUGUUCCAAAACUACCCAAACCCGAACAGCCUAAACUACCUGAAUUACCAAAGUCUGAACUACCUAAAGUUAAUGUACCUGAAUUGCCAAAAAUCAAACUACCUAAAAUUCCAGAAUUGGCUAAAAUUUCUGAAAUUCCUAAACCACAACUACCCAAAGUCAAUAUUCCAUAA